UAGGAGCUGCCACCCGCGCUGAGAGGCGGGAGGUUGCGCCGCACUCGCCUCUGUUAGUGAGGGAACAACAGAAACAGGAGUGCGGGCAACGGCUUCCAGCCCGCCAUGCCCCGCCGGCUUCGCGCGGCGUCCGCCGCCUUCCUGGCGCUGCUGCUGGGGGGCCUCACUGUCACCGCCCGCUGUCCCGCGCCCUGCCGCUGCGAUGGGCAUCUCGUUGCCUGCAGCCGCCUGGAUCUAAGCCGGCUGCCCGAGAGGCUGCCGCGGGUGGCGGUGCAGUUGGACUUGAGUCACAACAAACUAUCUUCAAUCAAGACUGGUCUUUUGGAUCACCUUCAUAGCCUUCAGGAAGUGAAGUUGAACAACAAUGAACUGGAGAUCAUUCCAGAUCUGGGACCUAUCUCUGCAAAUAUAACUCUCCUGUCUUUGACCAAUAACAAGAUUGCCAGCAUUUUUUCUGAACACCUAAAGCCGUUUCAGAGUCUGGAGACUUUGGACUUGAGCAACAACAACAUAUCAGAGCUAAGAGUAUCAUCGUUUCCAUCAUUACAGCUCAAGUAUUUGUACAUUAACAGUAACCGAAUAACCUCCAUGGAGCCUGGUACCUUUGACAAUUUGUCUACCACACUUCAAAUAUUGAAGCUGAACAGGAACAAAAUUUCAGCAAUCCCUCAAAAGAUGUUUAAACUCUCCCAUCUGCAGCACCUGGAGCUGAGUCGCAAUAAAAUUAAAAAAAUAGAUGGACUUACUUUCCAAGGGCUUCCAGCUUUGAAAUCAUUAAAACUGCAGAGAAAUGGGGUUACUAGGCUCAUGGAUGGUGCUUUCUGGGGAUUGACCAACAUGGAAGUCUUGCAGCUGGACCAUAACAACUUAACAGAGGUAACCAAAGGCUGGCUUUACGGUUUGCUCAUGCUACAGCAGCUCCAUCUCAGCCAAAAUGCCAUCAGCAGGAUCAGUCCUGAUGCCUGGGAGUUUUGCCAAAAACUCACUGAGCUAGAUUUGACGUUUAAUCACUUAGCGAGGUUAGAUGAUUCAAGCUUCGUUGGCUUAAGUGUGCUGAUUGGACUGUACAUCGGAAACAACAAAGUAAAUUACAUCGCUGAUUGUGCCUUCCGGGGGCUUUCCAGUCUGCAGACUUUGGAUCUGAAAAAUAAUGAAAUAUCUUGGACUAUUGAAGAUAUGAGUGGUGCCUUCUCUGGCCUAGAUAAACUUAGGAAGCUGAUACUCCAAGGAAACAGGAUUAGAUCCAUUACAAAGAAAGCAUUUUCUGGCUUAGAUGCACUUGAACACCUAGAUCUAAGUAACAAUGCAAUUAUGUCGGUUCAAGGAAAUGCAUUUUCACAAAUGAAGAAACUCAAAGAAUUGCACUUAAACACAUCCAGUCUCUUAUGUGACUGCCAGUUGAAAUGGCUUCCACAGUGGAUGUCAGAGAACAACUUUCAGAACCUCGUCAAUGCCAGUUGUGCCCAUCCUCAGCUGUUAAAAGGGAAAAGUAUUUUUGCUGUCAGCCUAGAUGGGUUUGUUUGUGAUGAUUUUCCUAAACCACAGAUCACUGUCCAGCCAGAAACCCAGGCAGCAAUCAAAGGCUCAAAUUUGAGCUUUGUGUGUUCGGCAGCCAGCAGCAGUGAUUCCCCAAUGACUUUUGCAUGGAAGAAGGACAAUGAAUUGCUGCAAGAUGCUGAAAUGGAGAAUUAUGCCCACCUCCGGGCACAGGGGGGUGAAGUGAUGGAAUACACUACCAUCCUUUGGCUGCGCAAUGUUGAGUUCAGUAAUGAAGGGAAAUACCAAUGUGUUAUUUCAAAUCAUUUUGGUUCAUCCUACUCUGUCAAAGCCAAACUUACAGUAAACAUGCUACCUUCAUUUACAAAGAUUCCCAUGGACUUAACCAUCCGUGCUGGAGCAAUGGCACGUUUGGAAUGUGCUGCAGUUGGGCAUCCUGUCCCACAGAUUGCUUGGCAGAAAGAUGGUGGAACAGAUUUUCCUGCAGCACGCAAGAGGCGCAUGCACGUCAUGCCUGAAGAUGAUGUAUUCUUUAUUGUUGAUGUAAAGAUUGAGGACACAGGUGUUUAUAGCUGCACAGCUCAAAACACUGCUGGGAGCAUUUCAGCUAACGCAACGUUAACAGUACUAGAAACACCGUCGUUUUUGCGGCCAUUACUGGAUCGAACUGUAACAAAGGGUGAAACUGCAGUCUUGCAGUGUAUUGCUGGUGGUAGUCCACCACCCCGACUGAACUGGACUAAGGAUGACAGCUCUCUUGUGGUAACAGAAAGGCAUUUCUUUGCUGCAGGCAAUCAGUUACUCAUUAUUGUGGAUACAGACAUAGAAGAUGCUGGAAAAUACACUUGUGAAAUGUCUAAUACCCUUGGAACGGAGCGAGGCAACAUCCGCCUUAAUGUAAUUCCUGCUACCACUUGUGAUUCUCCUCAAAACAUUGCCCCAUCACUUGAUGAUGAUGGAUGGGCCACAGUUGGCAUUGUGAUCAUAGCUGUAGUUUGCUGUGUGGUGGGCACUUCCUUGGUGUGGGUGGUCAUCAUCUACCACACCAGAAGGAGAAAUGAAGAUUGCAGCAUCACAAAUACAGAUGAAACAAAUUUGCCUGCUGACAUCCCAAGUUACCUGUCAUCCCAGGGGACACUGGCUGAAAGGCAGGAUGGAUGUGGUUCAUCUGAAAAUGGCAGUCAUCAUCAGUUCCUCACAUCUUCCAUGGGAGGAUAUUUUUUGCAGCAGAGGGACAGUAAUGGCAUUUGCCAUCUAGAUAAUGGAAGUGAAACAGACUUGGAUGGUGUUGCAGAUCCAUUCCUCUGCCACUAUCUGGGGACUUCAGGGACUUUGUACUUAAAAGGAAACACAUAUGGCUCUGAGGCUUUUGAAGCAUACAGUGCAGGUUGCAGCCCUGACCAAGAACAAAGAACAGUAUGCCUGGACCCUUAUGAGUCUGGAUAUUUAAAGAAAAAGGAGUGCUAUCAAUACUCACCUCCACUGGAAGAUCCCUUUGACCAGUGUGUUGGCAUUAUUGGGAUGCAGGCAGCAAGUAGCAAAUUGAUUAACUCCGUUUAUACUCAGAAUGAAGGAACUGGACUAAAAAGCAAAAGUCCAAACUCAGACACAUUUGAAUUAAACAGAUGUUUGGAACCCUCAUCUGUUAUCAGUAACAGCACUUUCAUGGGAACAUUUGGGAAGCCUUUAUGGAGGCCUCGGCUGGACUCACUUUCAAGCCGUAGACAGCCAGGAAACCACCAACCAAAAACAUCCUAUAAUAAUCCCCAUGCCUCACUGAUCUUCAGUGCAGAAGCAGACGAAGAUAGAAGAGAAAGGACAGUUUCUAAAGGAGAAGAUUGCAUUUAUACUUACAAACAAUCAUUUGAAAACUUUAGGACUUCUGCUUUCCAAUCCUGUGAUUUGGAUACAUAGCUGCUUUUGGACCUGCCAUUGAUUGCUGGAACCAAAGAAACACUUUGCAUACUACUACCUCAGCGUGGAAUUUUAUUUAAACAGUGGUUAAGGAGAAGAAGAGGGGAAGAAAGCAAGCACAUGAUGCUAGGAAUUCAGAACAAACAAAGGAAUUAUUUUUUUUUAAUUCAUAUAAAACAUGAUUGCCAAAACACUCUUAUGUUUUAAUACAGGGAGAACAUUCCAUAUAAUAAUGCUCUAUUUCUAAUUAUUUUAUAGCUUUGUUUUAUGCAAAUAAUAUCUUUUGUAAAUUAAUGGUGUAAAUAAUACAGCAUAUGUAUUUUCUACGUCAGACUUCAUUUUAUUGAAAUGAGUAGUAAAAACAUUCUAAUUUUGUACUGUUACUUGUACCUUUUCACAAAUGGCAACUCCUUGCUGUUUGCAGGUAUCAUGCAUCUUAUUUGCACAUUACUUUUAAUAAAAUAAGCUGCCUUGUGGUCUCAGACCAACAUUAGUGUAUGAGGAAUGAAAAGUGUGGAUUCUUUUAGUAGAUAGUGUUACAUAUGUGGAUGCCUUCUGUUAUGUUUGCACUUUUAUUUAGCUAAAACUUUUAUCUUUAGAUUUACUGUGUUAAGUAAGUUCAACUACCAAGAGUGGGUGUGGUUCUGCCACGACCAGUGGUAAAGUGAAUUGAUGCUAUUUGUGCCAAAGUCAGUAUGCAAAUCUUUGACUUUGCAGGUGCCUACCGUCAGAUGCAUGCAUUCUGCUUCCAUGCACACAGGGCUGUAUUACCAACAGUCUGCCCCUGCCUGUGUGCAAAUAGUAUGUAUGCUUCUGGUGGCGAAUAUGCACAGCAAGUGCAAAAUCCACAUCAAACUAUUUAAGCUAUUUAGUAGAAGAAAGUAAGUACUGGAUAUCUUGCCUGGUAGCACCACUCUUUUCCAAGUGCCUUAGUGUUAAGUGUUUUCCAAAUAUGCAGUCCAUACCCAAGUCCAUACCCUUUCUCCCUCUCUUUUUUCUUUUUCCUUCUUUGCAGCCACUUCACACACAACAUGAGAGGGUAAUCCAAGUACAUGAUGUUCUAUUUGCUUUAACUCAUGCUUCUGCUCCUUACUCGGCUGUGCUUUUCUGGUUAUACAUGAGAUCUGUGCUUUAUUCAGCUGCUCAGUCAAGUUGAACAAUUUGUAAGUUCUUGCUGGAGUAAAUUUGCAGUAAUGAACCAAAUGCCUUUAACUAUAGUAAGUUAGAGAAUGAGGGUUGCAUACUAUAAAAUGGUAAUUAAAACUAAGUGAAAACAUUCUACUUUGUUUUUCUAAAUACAGAUGCCUGCUAUUCUAGAAAAGUGUGAAUCCUGUCGCCAUCACUGCACUAAAACAGCAAGACUCCAAAAUAGUUAAUAUUACAGGACAUCAGCUUUUAAAAUCUGCUUACUUUGAAGGUGCAAGCUUACAUGUUGCCAAAUUGCUUCUUUUAAACUAAAUUAAAAGCAGCUGUUAGAAUAGGCCAUCACAGACAUCAUGGCUAAAGGUAGAGCAAUGGUUUCACUGCCUGGUGUAGCUGAGCUAAGGGCUUUUUGUUGUUUGUAGCCAGAAACCUGGUACCCAGAUUGCGAUGCAAUUUCCCUUUAAUUUAGGCACCAGUAUUAGACAGGAAGUUAAUCCAUUCUUAGUCACUGGUGGUCUAAGUGUAGAGAAUGGAUUUUGCAUGCUUUAGUUGAUCAUAUUGCCAGAUUUUCUGACUCUCACUGUUAAUUUGUCUGUAUUGCUGCCAGAUGUGCUCAUGUGGUGACAGACAUUGAUAUGGGCAUUUGAUUAUAAUUAACUACAUUUUGAAAGAGAUUAAUGUUUUUCCAGGGUUAAGCACAAAGCUGUAAGUCAGUAAGACAAGAAGUAAUAAAUUUGAUUCACUCAA